AACCAACAAGAACCAAGACGUGGUUCUUGCCCUCUACGAUGCCCUAAACACCCGAGACGUGGAGACCGUUCACCGAAUCCUUGCUCCCGACAUUGAAUGGUGGUUCCAUGGCCCCCCGACGUACCAGUUCAUGAUGCGCCUCCUCACCGAAGCUUCAUCUGACCACCACUCUUUUCGUUUCGAGGUGGAUCCUCUCUCAGUCACCACCUUUGGCUCCACCGUCAUCGUUGAAGGGUGCGAUCAUAAGCGUUCCAUCUCUUGGGUUCAUGCCUGGACCCUCACUGCUGGUGGGAUAAUAACACAAGUCAGAGAAUACUUCAACACUUCUCUCACUGUUACUCGCCUUGGGAGCUCUGUCCAAUCCCCACCCUUCAACUACGAUUCUUCAUCAGCGGCUGAGAUUACCCCUGUGCGUUGCGUUUCCGUCUGGGAGAGCAGGUUUUCCAACCGAGUUGGGAAGUCUGUGCCGGGUCUGGUAUUGGCAAUUUAA